GCGGUUUUGCCGUGUCUCUAUGUGAGCAGCUCGCUCUCUGUGCUGCAUGGAAGGAGCUGGGGGGCUUUUGUCUGGGUCUUGGAUGCAAUAAGCCCAUUGACAGCUCCAUGCGGCGCAUCGCUCCGCAGCCAACGCCGGCCAGGAAGGUGAAGAACGAGUGCAGCCCGGAGACCACCGCUGUGCAAUAUCUAUGAAGCCCCUGUGUGAUCUGAUUGAGGAUCUUGUGCCUUUGAGGGACCCAGGAUCCCUGUGAGCGGCUCUCUCUGCGGUACACACAAAGGAUGCACUGAGCAGAUGUGAAUCGCUCUCUGUUCCCAGAGCAGGAAGGAUUAAGGAAUGAAUGGGGGUCAGAGAUCAGCGGGGAGAAUGAAGCAGCUCUUUUCUCCACAAUGAGGCUUCCUUCUGUCCAGUUCUUCAGCAGGACUUGGCCAGUGAGGGGCCCGGGCCCCGCGUCUCUGUGACCUGCCUUCCCUUCUGGGCAGAGCCUGGGACCCCCAGCCUGCUGCAAUGGGUGGGUUAUAACCGCUGGUAAUGAGGAGCACUGGGGUCAGCCCACCCUGGAGAUGCUGAAGAGAAGGGACAUUCUGGCUAUUGUACUCAUCGUUCUGCCCUGGACUUUACUCAUCACAGUAUGGCACCACAGCACUCUGUCCCCGCUGCUCACUGCACACAAGGAGGACGGGAGCGAUGGCCGCAGAGAUGCAAAUCCAGGCUCCGAAUUCAGGGAGUAUUGUUCCUCCGAAAGAGAUAUUGUAGAAGUCGUACGGACUGAGUAUGUGUACACCCGUCCGCCUCCUUGGAUGGGCAACCUACCCACCAUCCACGUCAUCACCCCCACCUACAGCAGACCGGUCCAGAAGGCCGAACUGACCCGUCUGUCCAACACCUUACUGCAUGUGCCCAACCUGCACUGGAUCCUGGUGGAGGACUCUCAGCGGCGCACCCCUCUGGUCACCCGGCUGCUGCAGGAAUCUGGUCUCAACUACACCCAUCUGAACGUGGAGACACCCCGGAAUUACAAACUAAGGGGGGACACCCGGGACCCACGUAUACCCCGAGGCACUAUGCAGAGAAACCUCGCCCUGCGCUGGCUUAGAGAGACUUUUAACAAGAACAACAGUUUGCCCGGAGUGGUGUAUUUCGCAGACGAUGAUAACACGUACAGCCUGGACCUGUUUGAGGAGAUGCGGAAUACCAGGAAGGUGUCGGUAUGGCCGGUGGCGUUCGUUGGGGGACUGCGCUAUGAAUCGCCCAAAGUCAACACCGCCGGGAAAGUGUACGGAUGGAAGACAGUGUUCGACCCGCACAGACCGUUCGCAAUAGACAUGGCGGGCUUUGCCGUCAACCUGCGCCUCAUACUGCAGCGACCGCAGGCGUAUUUUAAGCUACGAGGAGUGAAAGGUGGUUACCAGGAGAGCAGCUUACUGAGAGAGCUGGUCACCCUCAACGACCUGGAGCCCAAAGCCGACAAUUGCACUAAGAUCCUGGUCUGGCACACCCGGACAGAGAAGCCCGUGCUGGUGAACGAGGGGAAGAAAGGCUUCACAGACCCCAACGUAGAAAUCUGAGGACACGUACACAGGGGCUGUUUGCUUGGUAACUGAUCGCUGCCUGGGCCUCUUCUAAGCAGAUGAACUAAGAGAGAAACUUUGGGGACACGUUCUCCCGCACUGAUCGCCCCCCUGCCCUACGGCUUGCACAGGACUCCAUGUGUAUGUUAUAUUUUCCUAGAAGCACAGCACAUGUGAUGGAGACCGAUGUGGCAAAAAGAAGUUGCGUCCUCUCCGAAAGAAUCCACCCCCCCCCCCCCCCACCCAUGUACUCUCACUGGUCAGUAACAACGACAGUACUGGUGAUGGACUGUGCCAGUGUCGCUCCAUUCUCUGCAGUCAGGCGUGAUGUCCUCAAGCCUGAACCCCCAUAGUCCUUCACCUCUACAGCACUGUAAGCAGAGUGGAUCACUCAUCCUUAUACAGGUGCUGGCUCCUCUGCUGCCAUCUGCUGGUCAUUCUGUGAAAUGGUUGAAUUCAUCACUGUACCUGGAUCUCACCUUACUGACGGUUUCCUAACUUUGGUAAUAUUUACCAAUGCCUCUCCAAGCUUAUAUCAACUCAUUGCAGCAAAUAAAAAAAAAAAGGAUUCUUUAUGCAUAUGUGAACUUUUCCACCCUAUUUUACAGUUUAAAUUAACCUUAUGUAUUACAAAAUGUAAUAACACCUCUUGAUGGCAUAUAAACAAGAGUAGGAUGACCAGGCUGGGGUAGGGAGGGCACGUUCAGUGUUUAUGGAGCCUCAGAGGUGACGGUAGGAGAAAGGGAGUAAAAAACGAUCAAGUGAUGGUGAAGCAGGGGCCCUAUUAAAGAGUUUCCUAUGGGGUGCCCUUGUUUGUUGGGCCCCCUUGCAGACAAACUAGUGUUAAAAUUAAAACUAAUAUCUGCUUAGGAUACAUUGCUCAGUUAGAGGGCAUAGUAGGCGCCCAUGGUGAAGUAAUCAUUAUGCUUCGCUUGGUAAAUAGCCGCAGUGUUUAGUCAUAAAUGACUGACGUUAAUAAGAUGCUUAUCACUAAUUAGAUUGCUUGUAAACAGCGCCCCCUUCUGGCUACAGUGAUGAAUUUUCUUCCUGUUGCAAAACAGAGGUUGGUUAGCAGGAAAGUUUUACGCUAUCGAAAAAGACUGGAAUGAAGGCUGGACUCCAAAAUCCACCCCCUGCAGAGCGGCCGCUGCGGCCUGUGUAAAGUAAUGCCCUGAGAAAUGCACUUAACACGAAAAGAGGGAGAACUCAACAGAGACAAAGGAGCUGCCCUAAGGCCCUGGUCAGCGUCCAUGUGCCACUUCUGCAGAUACCACAAGCUGCUGUUUUUAAAAUCGAUUAUUUUCUUUUUCUGGAACGAGAUUUGUUUUUUUUUGUUUUAACUUUUUUUUUCUUUGCAUAUUUAAAAUGAAAAAAAAAAAAUGAAUGUUUGUGAAAAAGGCAUCUAAAAAGUUUCAUGUUUGCAGCAAAUUGGAGCAAGAAAAUAUAUAUUUGUAUUCUAGGUAAACUAGAAAGGGGGAGGGAGUAAUAAAAUUCCAUAAUCUCCAUACAAA